AUUUUUUCUAAUUUUGUACGAAAUACACACGUGGUUUUAUUUUGUCUUUUUGUAUUCUAAAUAAUAAAGAAAUUUUAAAAAAUAAAAAUAGAGUUACUUUAUUAUGCUUUACUAAUUGCAAGUACUCAGUAUUCUUAUCUUAAAUUAAUCAAAUAAAGCCACGACAAUGUCAAAGAAAAUUAAUCAUUUGGUUGUGGAUACCACUGCUUUUAUAAAAGCGGCCAAUUUACAAAAUAUUGCUGAGUCAAUAUAUACAAUUCAAGAAGUUAUCGAUGAAAUCACUAACGACAGGCAGCGCCGAAAACUCGUGGUAUUACCAUACGAUUUAAAGGUUAAAGAUGUUUUUACAGAAAACAUCAAGUUUGUCACAGAAUUUUCCAAAAAGACUGGUGAUUACACCAGUCUAUCAGCGACCGAUAUCAAAGUUAUGGCCUUAACAUAUCAAUUGGAGAAAGAGAUUUUAGGAACUAAUCAUCUCAAAACUGAACCUACAAUGCAGAAAACUGUCAAGGUAUCAGGACUCUCUGGUUUUAAUUCAAAUACUGAAAAUAAAACAGCAGUCCAACCCGUUAAUUCUGCAGACUCAACAUCUGAUGGUAAUCUAAACAAUAAUAUUACUAGUAAUAUUAAUGAGAUAUCAAAUAAUAUAGAAGAAACUAAUGACUCAAGCAAAAUUGAACCAAAUAUUAACAAUGAUAAUGAUAGUUAUGAAGACAACAUACUAGAUGAGGCAGUAGUGGAACAAAUCAAGAACAUGGAUUUAAAAGAAAAUGAAGUUGAUGCAUGCAUUGUAAAAGUAUCUGAUAAUGAAGAAACUGAUAGUGAACAAAGUGAGGAAGAAUCUGACAGUGAUGAUGGAGAAUGGAUUACACCAGCGAAUUUAAAAGAGAAGAAAAAGGAAAUGGAAGAAGGAGAAUUUGAAGAUAUAAGUGUAGAAAUUGCUUGCAUAACAUCAGAUUUUGCUAUGCAGAAUGUUUUAAAACAAAUUGGUUUAAAUGUAACAUCAAUUGAUGGUAGAAUUAUUAGGCAACUUAGGACAUUUAUUUUCCGUUGCACCACUUGCUUUAAAACAACUAGUGUUAUGACUAAACUGUUCUGCCCUAAAUGUGGCCAUGCUACACUUAAAAAAGUAGCAGUCAGUGUUGAUGAUGAGGGAAACCAACACAUUCAUAUAAAUGGGCGUAAGCCUCUUACGGCCAAAGGCAAAAAAUUCAGUUUGCCCACACCAAGAGGCGGACAGCACUUCCAAUAUCCAAUCCUUACUGAGGAUCAACAUAUACAAAAAAGAUUUGCAACAAAAUUAGCCCGAAAUAAAACGAAUGCCCUUGAUGCCGAUUAUAUAGCUGGAUUUUCACCCUUUGUUAUGAAGGAUGUUAACUCAAAAUCAGCAGUUUUGGGUGUAAGAGCUGACAAACAGGAUAUUAAAUAUUGGAUGAAGCAUUACUCAAAGGGAAAGAAAAAAUGAUAAUUUUAAAAGUAUAAUAUAUAUAUAUUUAUCAUAACAUACUUAUAAGUAGUAGAUAUAAUAUAUGUCUCACUAAGCAAAAAUAUAGACUUUGCUCUGUAUAGUUGAAAAAAAUGUAAGCAAUCCAUUUUUUGUGCUUAAUAGUAAUUAUUGUGAAGAUUAUAAGGGCACUUAUUGAAGUUA